GGGAGGUGGAAAGCAUCGUGUUGGAGCACAAAACAAACUCCCAAGUGUCCGUAUUGGCUGUGAUCCCUGCAGCUCCCUGCUUGCAUGCCCUGUGUGGCCAGCAAGUGCUCCCACGUUAAUCAGUGCUGAGCUUCUCUUGCAUCCACAGAAGCAGCAAAGAGCUGCUGUUGCAGCCAGUGAUCAUCAGCAGGAACGAGAAGGAAAAGGUCCUUAUAGAGGGAUCCAUUAACUCUGUGCGAGUCAGCAUUGCAGUGAAACAGGCUGAUGAGAUCGAGAAGAUCUUGUGCCAUAAAUUCAUGCGUUUUAUGAUGAUGAGGGCUGAGAACUUCUUCAUCCUGCGCAGGAAGCCUGUGGAGGGCUACGACAUCAGCUUUUUGAUCACAAACUUCCACACAGAGCAGAUGUACAAGCACAAGCUCGUGGACUUUGUGAUCCAUUUCAUGGAGGAGAUCGACAAGGAGAUCAGUGAGAUGAAGCUGUCUGUCAACGCCAGGGCUCGCAUCGUGGCAGAGGAGUUCCUCAAGAACGUGAGGCUCUAAAGCGGGAGGCGAUGGUUCC